GUUUACCGUGAGAUAAUUCCUCUUUCUAGUUACUGCUGUUCGCCGUUUUCGUAGAGCGAAUUUGUUUUUCAUCAACGUCUCAACGCACUUCAAAGAUGCCGGAGGCGUCCGCUAAAAAAGCCAGUAAAUCGGCCUCAAAGGUCAAAACUGAAAAAGUCGUCGAAUCUGCCGACAAGGUGAAGAAGGUAGUCAAACAGAAAAGGCGCCAGAAGAGGCCCUACGGACGUUUGUACUCUCGAGCAGUGUUCACAGGUUUCCGUCGAGGACUCCGCAAUCAACACGAAAACACCGCUCUACUCAAAGUUGACGGAUGUGAUUCUAAGGCUGACUCUUGGUUUUACGUUGGAAAACGUGUCGCCUAUGUCUACAGGGCUAAGCGAUUAGUGUCAGUUCCUGGACGCCCAAAGAAGAAGUCUAAGGUCCGUGCUAUCUGGGGUAAAGUAACCCGUCCCCACGGUGCUACUGGAUCUGUACGAGCCAAGUUUAAGACCAACCUUCCCGCUAAAGCGAUGGGACACCGAGUCAGGAUUAUGAUGUAUCCUUCCCGCAUAUAAGCUAUUGUAAUACAAUUGACAAUUUUCAGUUUAAAAAAAAAAAUAAAAAAAAUGAAAAAAAUCGUAUAA